GUUUGGUGGUGAUGUUUUGCGACUCUUCCAUGGCCAUAUGGAUGAAUGUCUGGCAAUUCCAGAAGCUGGGAGUGAAAAUGAAUUCAAUGCUAUUAUGUAUGAAACUGGUGCUGUUUGCAGCCAUGCUAGAUCUCUCUGGAGAAUUGAGCAUAUCAGAACAAAAUGGGCUGGCGGAUUCAUGGGGUGGGAGCUGCAGUGUCGAAUUUGUCAUGUGACAUCUGGACGGUACAUGGCAGCUGGCCAUGACAACCAGCUUGCUACAGUUCACAGAAAUCAAGCCACUGAGAAAAGUACAGCCUUCUAUCUCCAGCAAACAAAGGAUGACAAGAAGCAGCAAGCAGAAAUCCGAGAAGAUGAGGGAAUGGGCAAACCGGAUAUAAAAUAUGAUGACUCCAUAGUCUUCUUGCAACACUGUGACACUGGGCUUUGGUUGUCGUAUCAGACGUUUGAAACCAAAAAAAGGGGAGUUGGAAGGGUUGAGGAGAAGAAGGCUGUCCUGUUAGUUGAAGGUCACAUGGAUGAUGGAGUUACAUUCUCCCGGGCUCAAGAGGAAGAAUCUAGAUCUGCCCGUGUCAUCAGAAAGUGCCAGUCCCUGUUUACCAAAUUUAUCAAAGCUCUUGAAGCCCUCAAAACAGAAGGCCGAGGAUGUCAUGCCUGGUCUCGUAUCAGUUUGUCUGAAAUCAUAAAGUGCCUUGAAGAUCUCAUAGACUACUUUGCUCAACCAAGGGAUGAUGAAGAACAUGAAGAGAAACAAAACAAACUAAGAGCUUUAAGAAACAGACAAGACUUGUUCCAGGAAGAGGGUAUGAUAGCACUAAUCCUGGACACAAUUGACAAGUUCUUGCAAUACAAGAGCAAACAGAAAUUUGCCCACUAUGCUGGAGAAGAUGCUGCUAGCAACUGGGAUGACAUCACAGGAUACCUUUAUCUGCUGCUUGCGGCCAUGAUACGAGGUAACCGGGCAAACUGUUCCCAGUUUGCUCAGUCAUACAGACUUGAUUGGCUGGUAAAUCGACUGGAGAGUCAACAGUCUUCCAAAGGGGUGCUAGAUGUGCUUCACUACGUGCUGAUUGACAGUCCUGAAGCUCUGAACAUGAUUAAAGAAAAACAUAUCAUCACCAUCAUCUCUUUGAUUGACAAACAUGGACGUGACUCUAGGGUGUUGGAUGUACUGAGAUCACUGUGUGUUGGAAAUGGCAUUGCUGUGAGAACGAAUCAAAACCUGAUCUGUGAUAACCUGCUGCCAGGAAAGGAUCUUCUCCUUCAAACAAAGCUUAUUGAUCAUGUCACUAGCUUGCGCCCCAACGUAUUUGUUGGCUUGUGUGAAGGAUCUGCAAUGUAUAAGAAGUGGUAUUUUGAGGUGGUCAUCAUUCAGUGUGAGCCUGGCACUCAUCUUCCACCUGUUCUACGCAUUGGCUGGGCAAACACUGAGGGUUUCCGACCAUUUAUCGGCAGUGGUGAACACUGGGGCGGCAAUGGAGCUGGAGAUGAUCUCUAUUCUUAUGCCUUUGAUGGACUCAAUUUAUGGACAAGUGGCAAGCCAAAACAAGUGCGAAAUGUCAAUACUGCUUUGCAAAAAGGUGAUGUCAUUGGUUGUGCCUUGGAUCUGACCAUUCCACAAAUUGUCUUUUCCAUCAACGGUGUCAAAGUGAGAGGAUUCUUCAAGGACUUCAAUCUGCAGGGACUGUUUUACCCUAUUGUCACCAUGUCUGCAAAUGUCAGCUGUCGGUUUGUUCUUGGAGGUGAAAAUGGUCGGUUGAAAUACGGACCCCCAGAAGAACAUGCACCAGCCAUUGAGUCUCUGUUGCCAAAAGAAAAACUCAAAAUUGAUCCAAUAUUUUUCUUUGGAGAACUGCAAAAGAACAUUCUCAGUGGACCAACAGAAUUUGUUGAUUACCACCCAUUUGUUCCAAACCCAGUUAUCACUUCCAAGAUUCAACUGCCUGCAUAUGUGGAAAAUGUCCGAGACAAACUGGCAGAAAAUCUCCAUGAAAUCUGGGCCAUGAACAAGAUUGAACAGGGUUGGAGUUACGGAGAGGUACGAGAUCCAGACAGAAAGAAGAAUCCAUCACUUACACAGUUUGAAAAAGUCCCCAUGUCUGAAAAGAAAUAUGUCAUCACAGUGGCAUUUGAGACCUUGAGAACAUUGCUGGCCUUGGGUUACCAUAUCACCAUCAAUCCACAGCAGCAGCAGAGCAACAGACUGAAGACAAUCAAGCUAGGGAAUAACUUCCUCCAAAACAAUGGCUACAAACCAAGUCCCCUGGAUUUGUCUGGUAUAGCUUUGAAUGAAAAGAUGGAGGAAUUGGUGGAUUUGCUGGCAGAAAAUACCCACAAUGUUUGGGCAAAAGACAGAAUCAAACAUGGCUGGACAUAUGGUCUCACUGAGGAUCCUGUGUACAAAAGAAGUCCAUUUCUGGUUCCUUACAACAAAGUGGUUGAACACAUCAAGAAAGCCAACAGAGAUACAGCCAGUGAGGCCAUCCGCACCAUGAUAGCUUAUGGGUACACUUUGGAGCCUCCCACCAGUGAAACCGGGGAGAGUGGUAGGACAGGAAGUAAGUUGCAAGAUAAGCUUACAGCACUAGGCCUAGCACAAGCUGUAACAAUGGAAGUGGCUAAGAUCAGUACAACCAGGACAUACCGAGCAGAACUCACCUAUGCUGUCUCAGCAGGAAAAUGGUACUAUGAAUUUGAAGUGAUCACUCCAGGCUUCAUGAAAGUGGGUUGGGCUAAAACUGGUGCAAAAUCUGGCAUUGAACUGGGACUGGAUGGACAUUCUUAUGUAUUUGAUGGAGAGAUGGGCAGAAAAUGGAAUCUGGAAGCAGAAUCUUAUGGCAAAAUGUGGCAAACAGGAGAUGUGAUUGGCUGCAUGUUGGAUAUGCAUGACAAAACAGUUUCUUUCUCCUUCAAUGGUGAACAGAUGAUGGAUGACUUGGGACAGGAGAUUGCAUUCAGGGAAAUAGAUGUUGACAUAGGCUAUGUUCCUGCCUUCACCUUGGGAGCUCACCAGUUAGCAAAGUUGAAUUUUGGACAGGAUGUAAAUACACUGAAGUAUUUCACUUGCUGUGGACUGCAAGAAGGCUAUGAGCCAUUCUGUGUCAACAUGACAAGACAGAUGACGUUGUGGUAUUCCAAGGACCAGUCUUGGUUCCAGCCAGUCAGCAGCUCUCAUUCUCAACUGGAUAUUACUAGAAUUCCUGGAGGAUCAAAUAUGACACCAAGUCUAAAAGUGUCAUCAAAGACAUUUGGAACACUGGAAAAGUCUUACCUGGAGUACAUGAGAUUGAGCUUACCAGUAAAGUGCAGAGAUGAAUUUAUGCCAAGAGAUCGUAAUAUCACCCAGUCUGUCCUGGAGAAGCGUUUGAACCUGGAAGGCCUGAGGCGCCAUGACGUAGACAUUGACGAAGAGAAUCAAACAGGUGGGACGAGUACGCUCUCCAGUCAGGAGAAUAACAGUGAUGCAUGUACAACUAGUGAUGCUAACACGAGUGAUACCUCCAAUGAACAUGGUAACAGGCUUGGCAAAGACAGUUUAAGAAUGCUGAUUGAUCAGAAUUGUGAAAGAGGUUUCAUGGAGAAGAUUCAUGAUGAGAGACUUUUGGGCAAUCACUUACCUGAUAAAAUAAUAGAAGAUGCCAUUCCUGAAGACAAUGAAGAUGACUACACAGGAGAUUCAACAGACAACCUGGUGAAUGGAGGACCUGAUCUUACACUUAGGAAAACUUUGCACCGGGGUUUAACAGAUGACCAGAUCAAUGCUGUGGAUAGACGGAAAACCUUCAAACAAGCAAUGAAAUCUGGGAAAGGUCACUCUCUCGAUGACUCCAGUGUGAUCAGUGAUCGAUCAUCGGCCACACUGAAAGCUGCUGCCAGUGAGUCCAAGCUCAAUGAGGUUGAUGACUCCUUCCUUGCUCCUCCUGACAGGGGGAAGCGCGCGUCAUCAAAGCUGUCGCUACUUGCUGACAAAAUUAUGGACACUGCAAAAAUGGCAACUGACAAGCACAACCAAAAAAGAGGGAAGUCUCCAUUUUCUUCAAUAUUCCGAAAGUCGAAGUCACGUGACCCAUCACCGAACAAUACAUUAUCAACCAGAACACGGUCAACUGAGUACUCGAGUCUGGACAGAAAAAUCGGUCCAAAGAAAAAGAAAGGUCUGGACAAAGGAUUUUCUAAAAAAGACCAACCGUUGCCAUCAGUACGCUUGCAGGAAUCAGAAAUGGACAGUGGUUCUGCUAGUGGACUUGCAGACUUGGAACAAGAUUUCUUUCCCUUGGAGUUUCAGGAUCCACUGGGAGGACGCCAUCUGAACCGAGACUUCAGUGAAGGAUCAGACAAUGGACAGUCUGAUGAACUGAAUGAGCUGAAUGCUCUGGCUGAGCAGAUUCAUGAAUACCACUUUGCUGUGAGGAUCUUCCCAGGACAGGAUCCAGCUCAGGUGUUUGUGGGCUGGGUGACUCCAAGCUUCCACUUUCAGGAAAAUACAUUUGAUACAAAGAAAAUCAGACAUGUUAUUGUUUCUACUCUUGACAUGGACUACAAACUCAAAUCCAGUGUAAGCAGGAAGAACUGUUACAUUGUGUCUGCAGGUGAUCUCCAGCAGAGAUACGCUGAUACCAGUCAGGACGUCAGCUCCAAGAGGACCUCACCCGGAUUGGCCAUUGGUUGUUUCAUUGAUGCUGGGACUGGCAUGCUCAGCUUCACUGUCAAUGGAAAGGAAGUGGCCAAUAAAUUUCAAGUUGAGCCUGGGACAAAACUGUUCCCUGCUGUCAUCUGUGAGCCAACAAUUAAAGAAAUGUUUCAGUUUGAACUGGGAAGUACCAAGACAUCCCUUCCACUGUCUGCUGCUGUAUUCCGUGGUCCCAAGUCUAUUAUUCCAAUGUGUCCACCUCGCCUUGAUGUGCAGGUCCUUGAUCGUAGCAGCUGGGCACGUGUCCCCAGUGUCGCCCUCCAUGUGAACACACUGAAACUGUCAGACAUCAGGGGCUGGAGCAUGCUCUGUGAAAACCCAGUUUCCAUGAUGGCAGUGCAUAUCCCAGAGGAAGACCGGUGCCUCGAUAUACUGGAGAUGACAGAAAAUGAGAAAUUACUUGAUUUCCAUGCAAAAACAUUAGAAUUGUACAUGGCAGUGUCUUCCCAUGGUAACCAUAAAGUGGCCAAUGCCUUGGUGCAGCAUGUGGAUGAGAAGCAGCUGAUGUACUGCAUACAGAGUGAAAAUCUGUCUGGACCUCUGCGACAUGCGUUCCAUGAUUUGUUGAUUUCCAUGCAUCUUGCUUCACACAGCAGAGCUAGAAUCUUGACACAGUACGAGUACAUCAUUCCCCUGACACCAGACAUCAAGAACGUGAGUCUGUACCGGAAGAGAAGUCCACGGUCGGAGAAGUACAAUGUGAAGCACCAGAUUCCUAACAUGGAGGACAGUGUUUCAAUCAGACCUCAGCUUGCUGUAUCAGAGAGGGAAAUUGAAGCAAGAACUGCUAAGGAUGGCAAGUUCUGCUCAGCUCCCUACUUUCCAGUAAACAAACUGAAAUCCUUUGUUAUGCAAGCUCUGACUGCUGCAGUGGAAAAGGGAGCUGCCCACAUUAGAGAUCCCAUUGGAGGCAGCAAUGCAAAUCUGUUUGUUCCAUUGCUGAAAGUGGUUGACCAGCUGUUGGUGAUGGGGUUGUUCGACGAUGAUGAUCUCCAUCAGCUUCUGUGUCUCCUUGAACCCAGUGUUUUUGAUGAGAAGAAACUACACAAUGCCAGCGGUCAAGGACUCUUGAACAUGAAACUUUCUGAAGCUGUCAAACUGGAGGUUUGCCGCAUCUUGCAGCACUUUUGUGAUGUUCAGCUGCGACACAGAGUGGAAUCUGUCAUUUCCUUUUCGGAUGGAUUUGUCUCCAACCUCCAAUGUGAUCAACUUCGACGAUAUAAUGAAAUCAAGCAAGCAGAUCUGCCGUCUUCUGUGACUGCUAGAAAAACCAGAGAAUUCAGAUGUCCAGCAAGUUCACAGAUGAAAACAUUGUUAGCUUUCAAGAAAAGUGAAGAUGAUGGCAAACACAAAGAACCCAGUUCAUGUGCUGAUGAGAUCCAGGAGAGCCUCCACAACUUCCACAAUAGUCUCUUACAGCACAGUGCAAUGCCAAAUCUCGAGUCACUGGAUAAGAAAGUAACAAAGACAGUUGAGGUACCAAAGCCACCCAGUCUUGGAGAAACAUUAUUGCAAUUGGUUGGUUUGGUGAAAAAGGAAAUUCUUCAAGAGACAACUGAAAAUAAUGCCGAGAAGCCUGAUUCAAUUCAGAUACUUGUAGCAGGCACUAUGGUGAAGUGGGCUGUUGAGUCAUUUCUCACCAAUCAGGACCUUGUUAGAGAGAUGUUUAGUCUUCUACACAGACAGUAUGAUGGUGUUGGAGAGUUGCUGACUUCCGUGGACAAGGCAUAUGCCAUCAGCAACAAGAGUCAUGAGGACAUCAAUGUGCUGCUGAAGAACCUGGGUGUGAUCCGCUCUCUGUUAGAGGUGCAGGCUGACCGGGAUGAAGAGGAGCUCAUGAAGAAGAGUCUCAAAGAUGCAAUGGACAACAAAGUGUUCUUCCAGCACCCAGAUCUGAUGCGAGCUCUGUGUGUGCAUGAGACCGUGAUGCAGCUGAUGGUGAACACCCUCAACAAGGCACAACACCAACAGUCAGCCUCUGGUGGAACCGAUCUUAGUGUUAGUCAAGGGAGACAAUCUGCAACCACUGGAACUCUUGACAGCCUCACAGAACAAACUAAGGAUGCUGCAGCUGAUAUGGUUGUCAUGUGCUGUCGAUUUCUGUGCUAUUUCUGCCGAACAAGUCGUCAAAACCAGCGAGCAAUGUUUGAACAUCUCAGCUAUUUGCUUGACAACAGCAACAUGCUACUGGCACGUCCAUCUCUGCGUGGGUCUUGCCCACUAGAUGUGGGCUGUGCAUCACUGAUGGACAACAAUGAACUUGCCCUGGCCUUGAGGGAGUCUCACUUGGACAAGAUAUCUGCCUACUUGUCAAGGUGUGGUCUGCAGUCCAAUGCUGAACUCAUGGAAAAAGGCUACCCGGAUAUUGGGUGGGAUCCUGUAGAGGGAGAGAGGUUCUUGGACUUUCUGAGAUUCUGUGUAUGGGUUAACGGUGAAAGUGUGGAAGAAAAUGCCAAUCUUGUUGUGCGUUUGUUGAUUCGGAGACCAGAAUGUCUUGGUCCAGCUCUGAGGGGAGAAGGUGGAGGUCUUCUACAAGCAAUCCGAGAGGGAAUCCAGAUGUCAGAGCAAAUAACAGCCAGCAGGGAUGGGACAGCGUGCAGUUUUCUAGCUGCCAUGAAUGAUGACGAUGACAGUGGAGGGAACUUCCUCUUUCAGAGCAAAUAUGACUUCUCUGCUCUGCCACCUGAGGAUGACGAGGACUACAUAGACAUGGGUGGAGCUAUCCUCAACUUCUAUGCUAGUCUAGUUGACCUGUUGGGUCGGUGUGCACCUGAUGCAGAGACAAUAAAGGCAGGCCGCAGUGACUCUCUGCGAGCCCGUGCUAUACUCAGGAGUUUGGUUUCCAUGGAGGACUUGGAAGGAGUUCUGGGGUUGAGAUUUAUUUUGCCUGUCGGUUUGCAUUCAAAUCCACCAAUAUCAGGAGACCAGGACACUGAAAGUCAGGCUCCACCACCUAGUGACCUGCCCCCAGGGCUGCUGCCAAACCACAAGUCAUCAAUUGUGAUGUUCUUGGAACGUGUGUAUGGGCUGGAUGACCAAGUCUCAUUCUUCAGAGUUCUCGAAGAGGCUUUCUUACCAGAUUUAAGAGCUGCAACAACCCUGGAUAGUGCCAUGGCAUCUGAAAGCGACAUGGCUCUUGCUCUGAACCGCUACCUGUGUGCAUCAGUCCUGCCACUGUUGAUGAGGUACAGCGAAUACUUUGGAGAUGCUGACCACUACACUCACAUACUGGACUCUCUGUUACACACCGUGUACCGCCUGUCCAAGUGCAGAACUCUCACCAAGGGACAGCAGGAGGCAGUAUCGGAUUUCCUUGUAGCAUUUACCACUCAGCUGCGACCACCAAUGAUGACAAGUCUUUUGAAGAAACUCACCAGAGAUGUUCCUGCAUUGUCUGAACAUGCCAUUGUACCACUGAGAGUACUGACAUCACAUUAUGAGAGAGUUGGAAGAUACUAUGGCAGUGGUGGAGGAGGAUUUGGUUCUCAGGGAACUGCCACCGAGGAAGAGAAGCGACUGACCAUGAUUCUCUUCAGUGGCAUUUUUGACUCCUUGGCACAAAGGGCGUAUGAUCCAGAGUUGUUUUCCAAAGCCCUGCCAUGCUUGUCUGCAAUUGGCUGUGCUCUCUCACCAGAGUAUGCUAUGAGUCACACAGAUGACAGCUGGGCUCAACCAUCCAGUAGUGACAUUGAAGGAAUCUACGUGCCUCGCCCAGUUGAUAUAUCCAGGGUAAAUCUGAAUCAAUCCCUGGAUUCGGCUGUUCUCAAGUUUUCUGAACAUUUCCAUGACUGCUGGGCUGUCAGGAAGAUUGAGUGCGGAUGGGCAUAUGGGACAACCUAUGAUGAGCAUAAGAAAAGUCAUCCAUUAAUCAAGCCAUUUCAUCUGCUUGAUGAAAAGGCUAAAAGAAGGUACACUGAACCUGUGCGUGAAAACCUCAGAACGAUGCUGGCUCUGGGCUGGACAGUUGAACAGGAUAAGAACCGUGUGUCUACAACCCGGGAAAGCAUCAAGAGAAGGGCUUCCAAAGCAAAUGCUUUUGAUCAUGGAUACAGUCCUAGACCAUAUGAUCUGAGAAACAUUACACUCUCCAGAGAUUUACAGACUAUGGCUGAGAGGUUGGCAGAGAAUGCUCAUGACUUGUGGGCUAAGAGAAAGAAAGAAGAACUUGAUGCAAUUGGUGGUGGUGUUCAUCCCCAGCUGGUGCCCUAUGACAUCCUCACAGACAAGGAGAAGAGCAAAAACCGGGAACAUGCUCAGGAGCUUUUACGUUUUCUGCAGUUUCUCAGUUUCAGAAUCUCAAGUGGUGACAUGGGCAUGGAUCGCAGACGUGAAUCUCAUUCUAGGCACAGCGGGGCAUCGGGUGAAAGUGCAGUGGGUGUGUCUGCGACGGAACGCAGAUUUGCAUACAGCUUACUAGAGAAACUGUUAGACUUUCUAGACAAGGCUUCAGUGAACAUGAGUUUAUCUCGAGCCAGCAAAAAAUACAGUAGGAGAGAGAGUUACACACAAACUACAGAGGAUGUCAAGUUCUUUGGAAAGGUGGUGCUGCCUUUUGUUGAACGAUAUUUCCGUGCUCACCGGAUUUACUUCAUUUCCUCUCCAAACACGCCACACAGCACAUCAGGGAUUGCCUCUGUCAAAGAGAAAGAAAUGACAGCCAAUUUGUUCUGUAAGCUUGCCCAAGUUCUGAGGUCAAAGAUUACAGCGUUUGGUCACAAUGUGAACAUCUCAGUACGUUGUCUGAGAGUUCUGGUGCAGGCAGUUGACUUCAGAUCUGUGGUGAAGAACAGUCCUGAGUUUGUCCGAUCGUCCAUUCUGCCAUUCUUUAACAAUGCUGCUGAUGACCUGGCGCAGGUGAUGGACAACCUGCAGAAGGGCCGGUUCAGUCACGUGAAGGGAACCAUCACCCGGGGCGCCACCAGUCUCGAUUACGUCCACAUGGUGCUGCUGCCGGUCCUCUCUGCAACCUACGACCAUCUUGGUGCAAACAACUUUGGAACAGAUCUUUUGGUUGGGGAGGUACAACUUGCCUGUUACCGAAUACUUAAUGCCCUGUACACUCUAGGCACAAACAGCUCAGCAUUUGUUCAGAGCUGGUUGUAUGGAGCUAAAAAACCUAAACAUCGACCGGCUCUUGGGGAGUGUAUUGGAUCCUUUGCAAAUUGUUUCCCUGUGGCUUUUCUGGAGCCAGAACUCAACAAGUACAAUAAGAAUUCCAUACUGUUUGGUCUAGAAGGGAAAAUAUCUGAACACUCGUUAGAGGCUCAAGAGGUGAUGGAUCAACUGGCACAGAACUUGCCGACACUGGAGAAGAUAGUAGCAGAGAUAGGAGAGCUGUCCCUGUCGGGUGGCAAGUACAAAGAGGCUUCCCAUGUCAUUGAAGUCACUCUGCCAAUGCUCUGCAGUUACCUUCCAUUCUGGCUGAAUUGCAGACCAGAUAAUUUGAAGCCAGAUGAAAGCACAAAGCUCUCUGCAGUGACAGCUGAACAGAUGAAUGGAGUGCUGGGCAAUGUACUGAGUCUGAUAGGCAACAACAUUGGAACAGAUGAUGCUCCAUGGAUGAACAGAAUUGCUGCACGGACACAGCCAAUUAUUGCCAACUCCACCCCUAACAUGAUAAAAGAUCACUUCUUGCCCAUUGCUCAGAAACUGAGAGAAGCAGCUACAAAUGUUGAGUACUUGGAAAAGAGACUGAGCAUUGAAAAGCGAAUCGUUUCUGAUUCUUCAGAUAUGGAAGCCACAGUUCAAGAGAAAUACAACAUCCUGACACGAGACAUGUAUGCUUUCUACCCACUGCUGAUCAAAUACGUGGAUCUGCACAGAUCUCAUUGGCUGAAAUUUCCAACUGCUGAAUGUGAGGAACUCUUCAGCUGUGUGGCAGAAAUUUUCUCCAUCUGGUCAAGAUCUCUUAUGUUUAUGCGAGAAGAGCAGAACUUUGUUGCACACAAUGAAAUAGACAAUAUGGCACUGAUUAUGCCCAGCCAAACAAAACACCUUUCUGUUGCUAAGAUGGAUGGGACGCAAGACACAGCCACAAAUGUUAAACGUCAGCCAGGUUUGAAGAAACGAGAAAGGAAGAGCCGGUUGGAGCCUCACAACAGCUUGAAUGUGGCCUGUCUUAAGAGACUGGUUCCAGUGGGGUUAUCGUUUUUCACUGGUCGUGAACAGGAGUUAUUGCAGCAGGCAAAACAAAAACUCAUUCAGAAGGACCCAGAAGGAGACAUUGAAGAGUUCCUUCUCCAAAGCCUUGAAACAGUGGAACAGGUCAUUGAUGAGGCAACCCAAUGGCAGAAAGUACUGUACCGCAAGAUUGGAGACACCAAGAUGUCUGGGCAGAGUCAGCUCAGCCAAAGCAAGAUCAUUGACCGGAUCAUCUCCAUGGCCAAAGUCAUGCAUGGUCUACACUUGGUUGAACAUCCACUGGCAAUCUCUAAAAGUGUAUGGAAGAAGGUAAUCUCAUCACAGAGGAAGAGAGCUGUCAUGGCUUGCUUCAGAAUGAUUCCACUCUACUCUUUACCCAGGCACCGUGCUAUCAACCUGUUCUUGAAGCAUUACAGGGAGCAGUGGCUACAGACCGAGGAGCCUGACAAGAACAUUCUAAUUGAAGACCUCACUCGAUCUGAUGAGAAGGAAGAAGAGGUUGAAAAGAAGGAUGUGGAGGAGGAGGUGAAGCCAGACUCUCUGUCGCAGCUGAUUACAGCUCUGAGCCGGGCUGCUACCAAAGAACAGACAAGCAGUUUGCCAGAGGAUCCGCUAUACAUGGCAUAUGCUGGCAUCAUGAGCAAAAGCUGUAGUGGAGAAGAUGAAGAGGAUGAUGAUGAUGGUGGUGAAGAUGAAGGACCUGGUCCAUCAUUUGAGGAGCAAGAGAUGGAGAAACAACAGCUUCUGUCUCAACAGUCUCGCCUGGCUGACCGAGGAGCCGCUGAAAUGGUGCUGCUUUACAUGGGAGCCAGCAGAGGUGAACAUGGACCAAUGGUAAUGAACACCAUUGACCUGGGAAUAUCUUUACUCAGGGGUGGCAAUGUUGAUGUCCAAAAGAAAAUGUUACAGCACCUCAAAGAUAAAAAAGAUGUUGGAUUCUUCACAUCUGUAUCUGGAUUAAUGCAGCAAUGCAGUGUUUUGGACCUGGAUGCAUUUGAAAGAACAAACAAGGCAGAAGGCUUGGGAAUGAGUGCUGACACCAAUGAAGAAGACAAGACUGAAUUUACCUGUAAACUCUUCAGAUUCCUCCAACUGUUGUGUGAAGGUCACAAUUUAGAAUUCCAGAACUACCUCCGAACUCAGGCUGGUAACACAACAACUGUCAACAUCAUCAUAUGUACAGUUGACUAUGUUCUCAGACUUCAGGAAUCUAUCAUGGAUUUCUACUGGCACUACUCUGGUAAAGAUGUCAUAGACACAGCUGGUAAAGACAAUUUCUGCCAGGCUAUCAAAGUGGCAUCACAGAUCUUCAACACAUUGUCUGAAUAUAUUCAGGGUCCUUGCUCCCUGAACCAACUGGCUUUGGCACACAGCAGGCUGUGGGAUGCUGUGGGAGGAUUCUUCUACAUUUUUGCUCACAUGCAGGACAAACUUUCCAAGGACCCUGAACAACUUGACUUGCUGCGCGAGUUCAUGAAGCUCCAGAAAGACAUGAUGAUCAUGUUGCUGUCCAUGUUGGAAGGUAAUGUGAUGAAUGGACCAAUUGGAAAACAGAUGGUGGACACAUUGGUAGAAUCAGCCAGUAAUGUUGAGAUGAUUUUGAAGUUCUUUGACAUCUUCCUGAAAAUGAAAGACUUGACUACAUCAGAAGCUUUCUUGGAAUUUGAUACAAAUAAGGAUGGCUGGAUCUCACAUAAAGAAUUCCGACGGGCUUUGGAAGCCCAAAAGUUCUAUUCAGAAGAAGAAAUUGAGUACAUCAUGAUGUGUGUGGAUGCCAACCAUGAUGGAAAGGUUGAUUUCCAUGAGUUCACAGAUCGGUUCCACAACCCAGCUAAAGACAUUGGUUUCACCAUGGCCGUACUGCUUACCAACCUGUCAGAACACAUGCCCAAUGAACCAAGACUGGAGAGACUCUUGGAGAAGGCAGCUAGUGUGUUGACAUAUUUCCAGCCAUAUCUUGGUAGGAUUGAGAUCAUGGGUAGUGCAAACAGAAUAGAAAGAGUCUACUUUGAAAUCAAACAGUCACAUAUUGACCAGUGGGAAAAGCCACAAAUUAAGGAGUCAAAGAGAUCAUUCCUACACAGUGUGGUCAAUGAAGGGGGUGACAAGGAGAAGCUGGAAAGCUUUGUCAACUUCUGUGAGGACACAAUCUUUGAGAUGCAGCAUGCAACAAGUAUCAGUGCUGAAGAGCAGAGGAUCGCAGCCAUGAGGAGUGGUGUUGGUAUCAGUGGUGAUGGAGGUGAAAAAGAACAAACGAAAAAGCUUCCUAAGAAAAGGAUGCUUGAGCCAGUUAUCUUGACCUAUCGAUUCAUCAAGGAGAACCUGUCUGCCUUGCUCUCGUUCUUGACCUGGUCAAACAUGAAGAAGACCUACAAGACUGUGAAGCGUAUGACGUACUGGCAGCUGUUCCUCGCCUCCAUCAAACUCUCCUUCAAGAUGGCCUUCCUCCUGUUGACUCUCAUCUUCCACAUCAUCUGGACACUAAUGAAGUUCUUCAUCAACAUGAUGAUGGGAGAUAAGGAAUCUGAGUUGACGAAGACAGUGGAACCCGCACCUCUGCCAGUUGGGCCGCUAGCUCUGGGGGCUCCCAUUGUUGGUGUGUAUUCACCGGACGAUGGCAGGGACCUGAAGCCACCCAUACCAGGAGAUUCUACCAUGGAUACAAAUCAAAACUUGAUGAAUGGAGAGAAGUCUGUUCCACCUUUAUCAACAGCUCCACCAGGUAGCAGCACCACAGAUACAUUUAUUCCAAAUGGUACUGCAGGGGAAACAACUCUUAAUGGUGUUAUUGGACAAACUUCAACACAAACUACUGAGGUGGUUCAAGAGAAAAUAGUUUACAAAACUGAUGCCCCUACUGUUCCUAUGCAGGCUACACCUGCUGUUCAAACACCGGAACUGCUCAGAGCUGCUUCUGUGGUGGAUCCAGUCACUGGGGAACAACAGCAGGCCACUGAGGAAGAGGAACAAGAAGCACAGGCCUUUGAUUAUGGCAAAUAUAUCCUGAGUUUGUUUGCAAGAAACUUCUAUAAUUUCAAGUACUUCGCUCUUGCACUAGCAUUUGCAAUCAACUUUAUUCUCCUAUUCUACAGGGUUUCCAAGGUAAUACCAGAAUCUGAUUCUGAGUUUGAUGAACCAACAAAUGGAACUGAAGAGGUUGAUGAUGCUGACAUUGAGGAGAUAGUUACAAUUGAGGGUAACUUUUCGUACCUGGAGAUUGUGAUGCGCUGUUUGGCCAUCAUGCACACACUGAUAUCUUUCUCCAUGCUGGUUGGCUAUUACUGCCUGAAAGUGCCUUUAGUCAUAUUCAAACGGGAGAAGGAGAUUGCUCGAAAACUUGAGUUUGAAGGUCUAUAUAUUGCGGAACAACCAGGAGAUGAUGACCUCAAAGCUCAUUGGGACAAACUGGUGCUGAGCACACAAUCAUUUCCAGAAAGUUACUGGGAUAAGUUUGUCAAAAAGAAGGUUCGGUCCCGCUAUUCAGAGCAGUAUGAUUAUGAGGCAAUCAGCAAUCUGCUAGGCAUGGAGAAAGGUGACACCAUUACCGCAGAGACAGAACAGAAAUCUCGACUUCCUGCUUUCCUGACGAACAUCGACUGGCAAUAUCAGAUCUGGAAGUGGGGAGUUAUUUUCACUGAUAAUUCCUUCCUCUACAUAGUUUGGUACUUCAUAUUUUCCGUUUUUGGCAACUUUAACCACUUCUUCUUUGCGGCUCACCUACUUGAUGUGGCCAUUGGCUUCAAGACACUGCGAACCAUCAUGCAGUCAGUUACACACAAUGGGAAACAGCUGGUGUUAACAGUGAUGCUGUUGUGUGUGCUGGUAUAUAUUUAUACUGUUAUUGCAUUCAACUUCUUCCGCAAGUUUUAUGUUAAAGAAGAAGAUGGUCAAGUUGACUAUAAAUGCCAUGAUAUGAUGACUUGUUUUGUUUACCACUUGCACACUGGCGUUCGGGCUGGUGGUGGCAUCGGUGAUGAGAUUGAGCCAGCGGAUGGUGAUGCAUACGAGAUGUACAGGAUUCUGUUUGACAUCACCUUCUUCUUCUUUGUCAUUGUUAUCCUGCUGGCCAUCAUUCAAGGUUUGAUCAUUGAUGCCUUUGGUGAGUUGAGAGAUCAGUUGGAACAAGUCAAGGAAGACAUGGAGUCCAAAUGCUUCAUAUGUGGAAUUGGAAAAGAGUAUUUCGACAAAGUGCCACAUGGCUUUGAAACCCAUGUCCAAAAUGAACAUAAUUUUGCAAACUAUAUGUUCUUUUUGAUGCACUUGAUCAAUAAACCAGACACAGAAUAUACAGGACAGGAAACCUAUGUUUGGGAGCUAUAUCAACAGCGAUGCUGGAACUUUAUUCCUGUUGGAGAAUGUUUUCGCAAACAGUAUGAAAAUGAAGUAUCUUGACAAGUCUAAAUUCAGCUUUUGUAUAUUACUGACUCCAUUGUUGUGUCACAAUUUGCUGUGAAUCCUUUCAAGAGAAGAUACUACCACAUUUUGUGUGACUGAAACCAGUUCAGUGCAAAUCUUGUACACAUUUUAAAUUGUUCUGUUAGAUUUUGCUGUGAACCCACAACGAGGUAUGAGCACAUUAUUUUGGUUUUCGUUAACCUCAGUUCAAUGCAAGUCAUAUUUCAUUUUCACCUCAGAAGAUCAACAAGACACUUAUUAACAUUUUGACUUUGAUCAAUAGUUUGUGCCUUUUUGAUCUCCUUAAAAAUACAUGGACAAAUGUCACUUUUCCACAAUACAUUAAUUUUAUGAGUCCCAUGAAAAUGCAUAAUUUAUAGUAUAUUUAAUAUAAUUUAAUAUAGAAUGGACAUACAAAUGUGUAUGUUUGAUUAAUAUUAGAUCUCAUUACCUGUUUGUUGUGCAAUAUUUUUUUAUAGUUGACCUUUUUGAUAACAUGGACAGAGCAAAUGAUUUUGCUUUUUGUGAUAUAAAAGUGACUUGGCUAAGACAUUUCAGCUUACGGUGUAUGUGUGUGCACUCAGUAUUUGCUUGAUAUGAUGAAUAUUAAUAUAAUGAAACAGCUUAAUGUGUCACUUUGAAGACUGGUGUAUGAAGGAUUGACUCGCCACAUAUAUAGAUAUAUAUCUAAUUUAAUUUUUAAAAAAUACAGUUUUGUAUUUUAUGUGUUUGAUUAUGAUUCAUCCAACCUGUUUUUAUGUAGGUAAUAUGGUAUUAAUUUUAGAUUUAAGUAAAAAAAAAAAUUAUAAUAGCUUUUACAAGAUAUUCAUAAAUGUGCAUGUGCCAAAUUUGAUAUUUUUUGUUUGAUGAUUAUUUUGCAAUAACUGAAGUUAAUCUGUUUUACUUGUGAUUGUGCAAAGAUGGUCAGGCUUGAAUAAUUUAAUAAAUAUGUAUUUUAUAAUGUGUUUUUUUACCACCUUUAUUUCAGUUGAACUUUUUCUUCAUUAUACAAAACAUAAAAAAACUGAACAUUUUUAAAUAUGAAAGAAGUCUUCAUUUGGGUUGUAAUAUAAAAGUCUUUGUUGCAAUCUUAUAGAAACAAACAAAAAAACCCACUUAAAAAAAACAACUAAAAUACUCUAGGGACACUCAAAAACCAGGUUAUUAAACAUUUAAAUAUAUUUGUAUUAUAUUUGCUUUAAUCUUUACAAUUUCUUACAAAAUCUAUACUUAGACGUCAAGACCAAAAACUAAAAUUCAAAAUAUUCCAUUUAAUAGCUAUAAUACUGAUACUAGUUUGUGGUUGAAUAAAUAAUUUGCCUUAAUUUGUUUGUAUGUACAUUGUACUACAAUUGUGAAAUAUAUAUAUGCACAUAAGUUUGUUAGAAUGUACAUGCAUAUAUCAUAUGUUUAUUAGACUGUACUUGCAUAUAGGUAAUAUAUUUGUGUUCAGUCAAUAUUGCUUCAUAUUUAUAUACCUAUGGAAGUGAUCUACUACUACUGACAAAUAAAACCUUGUUAUGCUUCAAAUUAUUUUUACAACCUGCGUUAAGAUUUAUUGUAAAUAUGUAAGAAUUGCAUUUAAUUUAUUAACUGGGGUGUGCAACUGGUUUUCCUAAUAUGGAUUGAUUAUUGUUAUGCGUUAUCUAAUUGUCAAUGUAAGUUAUAGAUUUGCAGUGUUGUUUUAGGAAAAAUAAGUAUAUUAUGGUAUGAAAAUACACUGUCAUAUUUUAACUGAGAAUACCCAUUCUAAAAAUAGUUAGUUUUUUCUGUACUUUUAGUCAGAGUUCUCAGAAUAUAGGAUUGAGUAAUAACAAUUAUAAGCAUUUUUAUCCAAGUUAAGACUAUUUGGAACUGUUCUACUGACCUUGCAAUAUUAGUAUAUCAGGACUUUUUUGUGAAUGGGUCCUUCAUGACAGAAGUAUUUUAAAUUUUUGUCAUUACCAAUAAUUUUUCUUGGUUGUUUACACCUUAGCUACUUUUACAAUUGUUUUUCAGAUGAAUAUGUAAUCUUUUUAUGGUGCAAUAAAGUAAGCUUUUUAGUUCACUUGUGAUGUAGUAUAGUUAGAAAAAUGUGUUGUGCAAUAUUUAUUUAUUGUUUUGUUUUAUUUAUUAUUUUUGAAAAGUUUUGUGUUGAAGUAACAUACUGUCUUAUUCAAGUGCAUUGCAGCUCUGGGGAAAACAAUACUGAUGUGUAUGUACAUGAGAUUUUAUGUAUCUGUUUUUCUUUUCUUUAUUAUAUGUGCUUAAUACAAAAAAAAAUGAAGCGGAGUGUGGAAUUCCCUGUUUGAAUACCUGUUGUGUAUAUCUUAAUAGUAUUUGGUUAGUUGAAAGGAAAUGCUACAACUUUUAGAUAUCAGAAAAAAACAUGAAGUUUAAUACAAAAUUAUUUUUGGAUACUUUAAUACACAUAUAUGGUUGGGAAAAUGUUUAGCGUUGCUUACAAAAAGUUCCCUAGAAGAGUAUGGAAAGUUAUUAAGACUGUAUUUUGUUUUUAUUUUAUAACUACAGUCCUACUUUAUGCUUUAAAGAAUACAUCUUACUACUUUUCUCAUUUUUGUUCAGGAUAUUUUUGUUAUAUUUGUUUGAAUAAGUGCUUUGAAUUAUUUUUAUGUUUGGAUAAGAUAUUUUUCUGCUUGUAUCAAAAUAAGGUUCAAGUAUUUUGGUAUAGGAAGGCAACUGAGGAAUCGGGUAAAAGACUGAAGUUUCAUUUCUUGUUUUCCACUCUCAGUAUGUUAUUUAUCUUUCUUUUUUGAAGAAGAGAAGAGUUCUUAAUUGUGGCAUAUAUUAUGUAUAAAAUCAUUGGCAAUGUGUGGUGUUUGUAUACUGUUAACAUCCCGAUUUAAUCAUUUGUCUUAAUCCUAAUUAUUAAUGUAUGAAAUGUUUAUUAACGCAAAUAAUUGGUUAUUGAUUAAUUACCUGCUGAAAUGCAGUCUUCCUGCCGCAUUUGUAAUUUCUAGAAAAGUAUUUGUUUAGGUCUGCACAAUAGACAAUGGAUUGUUACCGUGUGAGAUUGCUGGAUUUUUUUGUCUAACAAAUCAAAAUUAAGCUAAUGAUACAGCUGUGUCAUUCUAAAAAAUUUAAAUAAAUUUUGAUUAUGAAA